UUCGCAGCACUUCUUGCGAUCUGCAUGACACUGGCACUGGUCGCUGGUCAACAGUUAUUCCCUUUUCCAAGACAGUUCAGCUUUGGUGGUCUGGGAUCACCAAAUGCGAUCCGGGAUGCGCGUAAUGACCGAGGCCCCGUACUCUUCCCACCAUCGCCACCAAAUCCCUAUGAUGAGAGCAGCGGAGUGAUCGUUGGCGCAUCCGGCUACGGUUUUGUGCCACCACAAGCACAGAGGUUCGGACGCGGUUAAGCAUAAAGUAGGAAUGAGUCACAAAAGCCAUCGCCAAAGCCAAUAUUAGCAGCAUUGCAACACGCUUACACACAACACACACACACAAAUAUAUCCGUAUAUUCAUUGUACACACAUAGAAUAAGAUAAGUACGAUAGUUUAUUGAAAUACCGCAAAUGCUUCUACACACACACACACACACAUACAACCAUUUAUACGCAUAAGCUUUGCUUCGAAUGUACGCCAGUUUUUUUUUGAUCGCUAAUUAAGUUUUAAAUAAAUUAUUAAUGCACUGAUUAACCGCUAAACUAUCACCAAUGCAAGAAUAACAAUAACAACAUGCACAGCACAGCACAGCACAGCAAGCAAACAUAAGCGACAGCAGCGGCGGGCGUACAUAGAAUGUCAACAAUAUUCACUGGGAAUAAAUGUGUAGCAAAAAAUCUCUAAAAACAAAGAAUAUACGAAUUAAAAUAAUAAUUGGUUUAAAAUAGGAGUCUAUUUAGAAAUAUACAUACUUAUGUCUCACUGCAAGCGGAAGCGAAAAUAGAUGAAUUUUUUUCUAAUAAAUUAAAUAAUCAUAUGCAUUAAUAUAAGCACAAAAACAAAAUUCACCAGUCACUUAGCAAAUAAUGCACAAGCAGUCAUAUUUACUAAAAAUUAGUCAUCAAUAUCUAAUUUUAACAUUUUUUAUUUCAACAUUUUUAUU